AUGGGCAAGCAUAAACUUGCCCAGACAGGACGGUCCAAAUGUCAGCGCGAGAGUGAACGGAAUGCCACCACAUGCGGUAUUCCUCGCGUGAACCACGAGACCCGGGUCUGGUCUGUCUGGUCUGUCUGUCCGCAUGGUCGGAAACAGCUGGGCAGGAAGCUAUCGCUGCCACGAGAGCAGGUAGUAGAGUGGGAGGGUAGGUGGGGCGUUCGCGGGAGGCACACGCUGUCGCCUAACAACCGCGAGGGGCAUCGUUCUGGCUUGCAUGUGGCCUCUUCUUUGGUCAGUCGAGGCGUACAGCUGACGCGGGAACCGAGGUCAGAUUCACCACGAGUUCAGCACAAACGCUACUCAUCAAAUAGCAAGUAG